UUUUCAGAGUAUUUUGAUAAGUGUAGAAGAGCAGAGGAGCCUCUCUCAGACGCGUGAUGGUCUGCGGUUGUGUGUCGUUCCUCAGGUGAAGCAGAUCGAGAAGAGAGACUCGGUUUUAACCUCCAAACAGCAGAUCGACAGGUUACUGCGACCAGGAGCCUCGUACUUCAACCUCAACCCGUUUGAGGUUCUUCAGAUCGAUCCUGAAGCCACAGACGAGGAGCUGAAGAAGCGUUUCAGACAGCUGUCCAUCCUCGUCCAUCCAGACAAGAACCAGGACGAUGUGGAUCGAGCCCAGCUGGCCUUCGAAGCGGUCGAUAAGGCUUAUAAGAUGCUGCUGGAACAGGAGCAUAAGAAGAAGGCGCUGGAUGUGAUCCACGCGGGGAAGGAGUACGUGGAGCACAUGAUGAGCCAGCAGAAGAAGCAGCUCAAGAAAGACGGGAAGCCCACAGAGGUGGAGGAAGACGACCCGGAAGUGUUCCGGCAGGCGGUUUAUAAACAGACCAUGAAGCUCUUUGCCGAGCUGGAGAUCAAGAGGAAAGAGCGAGAAGCCAAGGAGAUGCACGAACGGAAGAGACAGCGGGAAGAGGAGAUCGAGACACAGGAGCGCACCAAGAGAGAGCGAGAGUGGCAGAAGAACUUUGAGGUGAGAGAGAGAGUGUGUGUC